AGGACCGCCGGGGGCUGGCAUCAAACUCCUCUGGGCUGCAGAGUGGAGACUUUUUUUUUCUUGUUUCGUUGAUGCCUUUUCCUCCUCGUGUUCAGGACAGAACGAUUCAUUUCAGGAAGUUUAAAAGUCGUAACCAAUUUUAUGUAUUUGCUCAUGUAAAGUGCCAAGAUGCUCACACGCUGCAGGACGCACAAAUGUGAUUCUAAACGGAUUAUACUGAGGAUAAAAUGAUGCAUGAAUGGAUGUGUGAAUGUAAAAGAAAUGGUUUCAUAUUUCCUCUGGACACCUGUCCUUUUGAUGCCAAAACCAAGAGCUGCUGAACAUCAACUUGACCUCAGUUAGGUUUGAUUGUUUGAUACAUCAGACUAGACAAAUUGUUGUGCAGCCUCUUCCCAGCAACUCGGACUUCGACAUGCUUUGAGUCAUCAUUUCGAAAAUCAGCCCUUUACUCACCUACAGUGACUUGCACUAACUGGAGGAGCUUGGCUUUGGUCUUUAACCACAUUUCACUCAGGAGUCUAAACAUCAUCAAAGGUUUUAGACGCUCUUGGCUCACUCUUUUAUUGAGGUCGUGGUUGUGGUCAGUUCUCUCGAGGGAUGUUUCUGAGCUCCCGAGACCAGGGAGCGACAGCCCGGCUCCUGCAGUGGAACUUCGCCUCGACCUGGUGCCUAUGCAGCGGAUCUGAGAGGAGAUGAAAGCUGCGGUGUACCACCUCCUCGCCGGCUGCCUCUGCCUGUUACGCAUCGCUGCUGAGGAGUCUCCUCUCCCCCGGGAGCUGUUGGAGCGCCUCUCCCGCAGCGAAAUCCACAGCAUCAGCGACCUCCAGCGGCUGCUAGAGAUAGACUCCGUAGAUAAUGAGGUGAUCGAGGAGACCAAACACAGCUACCACAAGGACUUCUCUCACAGCUUCCCUGACCUGAAGAGAGCACAUGCACACACCAGACACAGGAGGAGCACUGUGGUGGAAGAGGCCUUGCCAGCGGUGUGUAAAGUGAGGACAGUGAUCUAUGAGAUCCCCAGGAGCCAGGUGGACUCCACAUCAGCAAACUUCAUCAUCUGGCCACCUUGCGUCGAGGUGAAACGCUGCACCGGAUGCUGCAACACAAGCAACAUGCGAUGCCAGGCAGCUCGCAAGCACCAUCGCACAGUCAAGGUGGCGAAGGUAGAGUACGUGCGGAGGCGUCCCAAGCUGAAGGAGGUGCAGGUGAGGCUGGAGGAUCACCUGGAGUGCAUGUGCACCAACAAACGCCACAUCAGCCCAAAUUCAAACACAGACAAUGGCAUCAGGUGAAGCAAGAUGGAUAGAUGGAGGAGUGGAGAACAAGAAGAGGAGGUUGACCUGAACCAGAAAACAUGACAAGCACCUUCAGCCUCUAACAUCUCCACCACAUCACCUGCCUUCAAGUGACAGUGAAAGGAUCGAUGGAGUGUACUUUGACCAGUGACCUUUGGGGGGUUUAAUGGGAGGAUAACUGACUCAUAUGAACCUCAACUAUACUGAGAGCAACAAUCUGCCAGACACAGAAACGACAGGCUGAUGGUUUCCUCUCUGUGAUUCCUCGAUGGAGAAAAGAAGCAAUUGGAUGAUGAUGGGAUAUCGAAGGAUUUAUUGUCUUCUCCGGAGUAUAAACUGCUCAGUGACUCGGAUUAUAUACUGGUUGGAAUCCUUGCUAGAAACAGUGACUGGGAUUAGGUUUUUGUACUCCAAGAUUUACUCUUCCUAGGCAAAAUACUUACACACACACAUGCACGUAUAUCUUCUUAUUUUUAUAACCUCUCAUUUUCUAUCACUCUCUGUUUCUACUUCUGGUAUGUUAUCCACAUAAAGAAUGGAGGGAAAAAAAUCCUCCUGACAUGUUACUGAUA